UCGACCUCGGACGCGGCGCGGAAGGUUUUUUUUUCUACCAGUCCACAGCGGCUUUAUCAGCUGAAGAUGGCGGACGGGGAGAAAAUCCUUGUUGGAGCCUGUUCCAGCGCUUCAAAUAUGGGAGAACCCGUUUCAAAAAAGCCCAAAAUGACCGUGGCUAUUGAGUGUGGGUUGAAAAUUGUUCAGGCUGAGCAGGUUACGUACGAAACAGAGGCUGGUGAGAAUUGGGCUGCGGCGAUUUCUGCGCGGCCAGAGGAGAAGGAUAUUGAGCCGGCGAUGGCGGUAGGACAGGCCCCAGCAGCAGUACUAGGCGGAGACAAUGGGCUGCUGGUUUUCGAACCUCGGAAAAGAGUAGUGAACAUAGACAAGGCGUCUGGACUCGCUGUAGAUUCUGCAGAGUGUAUUGGUCCUGAUGAGGAGCUUCACCCAAAUGGGUUUGCCUCUACAGACGAUGUCAAUGACGAUGAUGACAGAUCCUCGCAUGCGAGUUCUAGUGACUGGACACCCCAACCGCAGAUCGGUUCCUAUAGUUUUAUCCAGCAACACAUCAUGAGAGAAACAGAUCCAAGAACUAUAUUAAAAGACUUACUUCCUGGGACUGUCCUUCCGCCCGACUUGGAUGACAUGACGCUCUGGCAGAUCAUCAUCAACAUCUCUGAGCCUCCUAAAAGAAAGAAACGCAAGGACGUCAACACCCUGGAGGAUGUGGUUCGGCUACUCCAUGAAAGCAAAAAGAUGAUUGUGCUUACUGGCGCUGGGGUUUCUGUUUCUUGUGGAAUACCAGACUUUCGAUCCAGAGAUGGCAUUUAUGCAAGGCUUGCAAUAGAUUUCCCAGAUCUUCCAGACCCUCAAGCAAUGUUUGAUAUAGAUUACUUCAGAAGAGACCCACGGCCCUUUUUCAAGUUUGCUAAGGAGAUCUAUCCUGGGCAGUUCCAACCUUCUCCCUGUCACAAAUUUAUAUCUAUGUUGGACAAGCAGGGGAAACUACUGCGCAACUACACCCAGAAUAUUGAUACUCUUGAACAAGUGGCGGGGGUCAAGAGGAUCAUCCAGUGCCAUGGGUCUUUUGCAACAGCUUCCUGUCUUGUCUGUAAACACAAGGUUGAUUGUGAAGCUGUAAGAAAAGACAUUUUUAAUCAGGUUGUCCCUCACUGUCCACGGUGUCCAGAUAUCCCCCUGGCAAUAAUGAAGCCAGAUAUUGUUUUCUUUGGAGAGAAUCUUCCAGAACUGUUUCAUAGAGCAAUGAAGCAGGAUAAGGAUGAAGUAGACCUCCUUAUCGUCAUUGGGUCCUCACUGAAAGUGCGACCAGUGGCUCUCAUCCCAACCUCCAUUCCUCAUGAAGUGCCACAAGUCCUGAUCAACCGGGAGCAGCUUCCUCACCUUAACUUUGACGUGGAACUACUGGGGGAUUGUGAUGUUAUUAUUAACGAGCUCUGCCAUCGUUUGGGUGGAGACUUUGAGCAACUUUGCUACAACUCUUUAAGACUCAAUGAGAUCACAGAAAAACCUGCACGGUUACUGACUUCCACAGAGCAGCCACCUUGCGAGGCCUUGUCUCCUCACAAUAAGCCAAAAGAAGAACAACAGAGGCACACUCACACAGACUCUUCAGUCACUGUCUCAAAGGAGAUGUUCACUAAGAUGGACACAAACACUCCAGAAGGCAACACUGUAGAAAAUCAACCUUGUUCAAAGGAUCAGGAUGUCUCAGAAUCAUCUGAACUUGAAGUACCACCGCAGCCCUGUCCCAACACAGAGAUUGUCUCUGACACACCUGAAGCUGGAGUACUGACAGAACCCUGUCCAAAGACUCUAAAUGUCGAAGGCCCUCAAGGAGUCGACAUGCUAAUAACCAAGCCUUUUCCAAAAUACGCUCCUGAAGCUGAAGCAGAACCAUCAAAGUCUGGUUUUAAAAAUACUCUUGAAGUGAAAACUGUACCAUCAUCGCCUUGGCCAAAAGUGCAGAUUGUCCCAGGUACUCCAGAAGUAGGAGUACAAACUGAACCCUUCCCCAAAGCUCAGAAUCCCAAUGGUAUACUGGAGAGUUUAGAGUCUCUUCCAUUGGGCACACGGAGAGAAGCCGUCUCUGGAUUAAGUGACCGAAACAUCAACCUUGAAGUUCGGCGACGAUGCUGGAUGAGUCGAAUCACUCGAAGUCCUAUCAGCAAGCGCCUUGAGACUUCUCAGUACCUUUUCCAAGCACCAAAUCACUACAUCUUCCACGGGGCUGAGGUUUACUCCAACUCAGAAGAUGAGACGUCAAGCUCUUGCGGAAGCGACAGCGAGGACUCCAGUCUGGAGAUGGAGGAUGAGGAAGACAGUGACACUGAAGAAGACCAAAGCACACCAGCAGAAGAGGGCGAGGGCUGCCUCAGAGACACAGAGGGACACAAUCAAGCCUGUGAGGGCUCUCUGAGUGUUAAACCUAGAGACCAUACCAAUGGGACUGUCCCAAACACAUCAGACCUUUAAAAAUAUAUAUAUGACCAUGUCUUGACAAAGCACUAGCUGUCUUUUUUUAUCUGUUUUGUAAAAAUAUUUCCCCCCACAGCCCCUCUUAAUUUUUCAUAAACUUUAGAUUGCAUUGAUGAGACUUGCGUGCAUGUGCUGAAAAUUGUCUUUGCUCAUUCUGUCUUUCUGCAUCCAGUCACAUUUACGGGCUACGUGUGGCUUGAUUACAGGUUUUAUGUACUACCAUUUGAAUAAACCGUAGUGCUACUCAA